GUAUCUUAUGUCACUAGCCGCCAACCUUGGAGCGCAUAUGCUGUGCACUUGACAACGCUCUCGCCUCCAGCCUUCCUCGGAGACUUGCUGCUCCUUAUAUUUUGCUAUAAGGCCACGGUUUCUUGGGAUCACAGUACCCACACGCUAGCUAUGCAAGCACUCGGAGUAUGGAUGUUUAUUAGCAAGUUCAUCAAGCUUGUCGGACAUUAUAUACGUUACCCAGUCGAUGUCAUACUUUUGCCGGUGUCUAUCCUCUUCGGUUAUUUCCACGGGGCUAUUAAAAUAUACGCUGUUUUAACUCUUAAUGUGGUAAGUUGCAGAACCCCAGCAAUGUACAGCUUCAUUGGUUGUUUCGUUUCUGCGGUGGGUGCAUGCGCAAGUGCAGCCUCGUAUCUACGGGUGGCGCUUGUAGCAUGGGAGUGGGCUCUAACCCUUGGCCUGCUUGCUUCUCUCUCAACACCCAAUUCCUCCCUCCUAUGAUGCAUCUGCAUUGGUCAUGGGUUUCACCUCACCUUCGCACUUUGUGUAUCCACCCGCGGACUUCCCCGUCUUGACGACAUGGGGCAGCAGAGACGGUGCCGAU